ACGCACAGCUGCGUGCUGCAGCGAGUAAGAAUUUCAGGAGCCGCUGCUGGCAUUUCAGUCCUGCUGCGCAUCUUGAAACGUCAAGUCUUGCUGCGCGCGAUUUCGACCGCUAGCGAAACGCUCUAACUUUGUGGAAACACGCGCGCGAGUGAUACUACAUCUACUAUUAUAACUUAAAAGCAUUUCAAAAUAGCAAAAAGCCAAACAUAUUGCGAUCUAACGAAAUAUAAUAAGUUGGUAAUACGAAAGCCUGGUGACGUGACCUCAGUGUGGAGUGAUGGGCUUUCUGGCCUAGUGCAACGAAAACUGAAACUAAAACAUACUCUUUAAGAUUUGAAUAAAAAUUAGAAACAUAAACUAUCUGUGACCAUGAUGAUGAACGCCUUCAUUGAGCCGGCCCAGCACCAUCUGGCCAGCUACGGGCUCCGCAUGUCGCCCAACACCACCUCCAGCGCCACCAGCUCCCAGCAACAACAGCAGCAGCAGCAACUCGACAUGACCGCCCAACAGCAGCAGCAACAACAGCAACAACAGCAGCAACAACAACAGCAGCAGCAACUGGAGGGCAGUGCGGACUCUGCGGCAGCCACGGCAGCCGCUUAUCAAAAUUCCGGAUAUGGGCACUUCAACAGCUAUGCCUCCCGGGACUUUCUGCUGGGCAGGCGGGAUACCGACUACGGAGUAACCGGCAGUGCCGGGCAGGCCUCCUCAGCGGCAGAUUCCAUGCUGUUCUCCAGCUUUCCCGCCCAGGCGGCGGCCGCGGAGCUGAGCUCCGGCUUCGGGCAGCACCCGUUCCACAGCCAUCAUCAUGCGGCGGCAGCUGCCCACCAUCACCAGCACCAGAUGCGGAUGGGCAUGGCGGACGCCUACGCCGGCCAUCCGUACAAUCAUCAUAGCAACUUUCCGUCGGCGGCCGUCCACCAUCCGGCUGUCCAUCAUCCAGCCCACCAUGCCAUGUCCGCCAUGCAUCCGGCCGGACCCGGAGCCUUUCUGCGCUAUAUGCGUCACCAGCCGGCAUCAUCCGCCUCCAGUAUCAAGCAGGAGAUGCAGUGCCUCUGGAUAGAUCCCGACCAGCCCGGCCUGGUGCAGGCUGGCGGGCGGAAGACCUGCAACAAGGUGUUCCACUCCAUGCACGAGAUCGUCACCCAUCUGACGGUGGAGCAUGUCGGUGGGCCGGAGUGCACCACCCACGCCUGCUUCUGGAUCGGAUGUUCGCGCAACGGCCGUCCCUUCAAGGCCAAGUACAAGCUGGUCAACCACAUCCGCGUCCACACCGGCGAGAAGCCGUUCGCCUGCCCGCAUCCUGGCUGCGGCAAGGUGUUUGCCCGCAGUGAGAAUCUCAAGAUUCACAAGCGAACCCACACCGGCGAGAAACCGUUCAAGUGCGAGCACGAGGGCUGCGAUCGGCGAUUCGCCAACUCCUCGGACCGAAAGAAGCACUCCCAUGUGCACACGUCGGACAAACCCUACAAUUGUCGGAUUAAUGGCUGUGAUAAGUCCUACACACACCCCUCCUCUCUGCGCAAGCACAUGAAGGUGCAUGGCAACAUUGACGAAAAGAGUCCAGAACUCGGCUAUGACAGCGAGGGCGAGGAGAGCUCCAGCUCGAGCAUAAUCACUGGCGGGGCCCAGACACCGCCCUCCACCCGACUGGACGGUAGCGCCGGCAGCAGCAGUGGCGUCAGCAGCCUGAGCGGCGGCAGCGGCAUCAAGUCCUCGCCCCACUCCAUCAAAUCAGAACCGAAUCCCAUGCACAGUGUCCACCUGGGAGCCUCGAGCAGCGGCAGCAGCAGCACCACCAGCAGUAGUGCCUCCCACCUGUUGCAGCAACAGCAGCAGCAGCAGCAGCAACAACAACAGCAGCAACAUCAGCAGCAGCAACAACAGCAGCAGUCACAGCAAUUGGUGUCCCAUCAAAGUGACUCCAAGUCGUCGCCAGCUCUGCAACUGAUGGCCGCUUCCGCCUCCGCCUAUCUACCCCCGCCCCUGGGACCGCCACCAUCGCACCACCACCACCCCCACCAUCAUCACCAUCAGGCAGCGGCAGUGGCUGCGGCAGCUUCACCAGGAGCAGCGGCCGCCUCCGCUUCGAUGCUGCACCACAACCACCACUUGCUGUACCACCCGGCUGCCCAGCACCACCCUCCCAGCGACUGGUACCAUACAGCGGCUCCCAGUGGCACCGCCGACGCGAUGAACCCGCUGAACCACUUCGGACACCACCACCAUCAUCACCAUCUGAUGCAUCCUGGCGCGGCGACGGCGUAUUGAGAGUGGGAGAACUGGUGGCCUGAGGAACCACCGCCGCCACCACCGCCUCCGCCCCCGCCACCGCCGCCGUCCGCACUUGAGGCGGUACCACCACCGCUGACGGUGGGCACCCCACAGGGCCCUCUGGAGGAGGGCUCCCUGGACUGGAUCUGCUGCCAGCGGCUGCAGAACUUGGCCCUUGUGGCGCAAUGUGAAAACCAAAUAUUUCUGAAAGUUGAGGAAAAUACUUUAAACUUUUUACCUGAUAAUUGAAAAAUUGCUGUUAAAAAAAAAAUCGACAAGAUAAAUCGAACUCCUUAUAUUUAAAAAUUUUGAAUCGUCUUUGAAUAUGAUUAUUAUUGUAUUUUAAAUAUUAAUAUAUAAAAAAAAAACAACACACACACAAAAAGAUAUGAAAUUAUGACAAGAAAUCGCCUAAUUUUUUGCUAUUUAAUGUUAUGUAAACUUAAACGUAGUUUUCUAGUUGAAAAACAAAACAAACUAAAAAUGAUAAAAAAUCCAUUAAGUGUAAAUGUAUAAAAUAUGAGUUAAAUACCGCAUAAAUGUAUAAAUCGUACUCUUAACUUUAAAUUUAAAAAAAUACUUAAGCAUAUUUACUAUUUAACUGAUAAGAUUUAGCUAAUUUUUUGUCAAAGCUGCUGUCACCCCUCAUUACCGCCCCGUUCCCAGACCUAAAGCUUUCUAGUACAAAAAAAAACUGCUAACUACACUGUAAAAAAAAGAGUCCAACAUCGAAAGGGGAUUGGAAAGUGCAUCGCAUAUACGUACAUACAUUUUCGGCCUUAGAUUUCUUCAAGCUUAAGUAUGCAGAAUACAAUUAAAGAGUUGUCAUAAAAAACAAACACCCAGAAAACCCACAAAAAAACUUCAAGAAAAAUAAAAAGAGAAAACUAUAA